CUGAUCCCGUGCCUGGGCAGAAACUAAGCUUUUAAACGCGAUUGUUGGGUACGGUACUUCGUGACACUGUUCUGCAAAAGCUGACAGCAAGCGCUGGCAAAGCUGGAUAAACAUCUCAACAUCUUGAAUUGCAAGCAGCGAGUUGAGCGGCAAGCUUUUCUUUCUGCAUCCUAUAUUUGCACCAGUUAAGGCCAAGCAUGGCGAUGUCCCAGCUCGCAAGCACACGCUGCUUGACUGUCGCUGUGGGGCCUGUCACCAGCAGUGCAGGGAGGAUAUCCACCAACUCUGCUGCAGGGCCCCUUCUGCCGUCAAGGCGUAAUCCAUGCAGACAGCAGUUGCGCAGAGCUGCCCCCUUGUUCGUCUUAGACUUGCCUACAGGAAUGCAAAUGCAUGAGGUGUCACAAUUGGGCAGACGGCAGCAAAGUGUGCGCUGUGCUGCGCACAAGGAACUGAGUGUCACACUGGACUCGCCAAAGGUGAACGAACGAGCUGGCCUUGGCAGUUCGAUGGAACAGGCCGGCGGUGACCCGGGCGAUGUCUACUUUGCUAAGGACAAGCGGCCAGUCAUUCUUUUUGACGGUGUAUGCAAUCUGUGCAACAAUGGUGUCAACUUCAUGCUUGAUCAUGAUCCUAAGGGGAAUCUGCGCUUCUCGGCGCUCCAGAGCGAAGCGGGACGGGCGCUCCUGCGCCGUGCGGGUCGGGACCCCCAGGACAUCACCAGCAUCGUCCUGGUGGAACCAAACAAGUGCUACAUUCGCUCCGAGGCAAUACUGCACAUUGCGCAGUACUUGCACCAGCCGCUGAUUGCUUUUGGACAUCUCGGCCUGAUCGUACCUGGGUUUUUCCGGGACAAGUUCUACAACCUGAUUGCUUACAACCGAUACAGCAUCAUGGGCAAGCGGAACAUGUGCCGUAUUGGAGAUCAACGAUUUGUUGAUAGGUUUGUUAGCUAAGUUCGCUCGGUUGCCAACAUCGGAAAGCCCUAUUGUUGGGGUGUGCCAAGACGGAGAGAUUCAGUGUAUACAUAGGUGGCGUUUUGUGUGAUAAAGUGCGGUCUUCUUGGGUUGUGUAAUUAGGUUGACUUACGCGAGUUGGGUUACGCGAAUGGAUUUCAGGGACAUUGAGAGCACGCAUAGGGUUCCCCUCGAGGUCAGAUUCAUGCACGCAAACAAAGGUAGCGUGUCCAGAUUGAAUGUCAGAUCUAAAUAGAGUGCUUGUGGUUGAUUCAGUGAGUUGUUGAGUCUAGCUGUUAUAAAACCGUAGAUUUAGUGCAUGCUUAAGUUGCCCGCACUUCUCUAGCGCGCUCCAUUUGAUCAGCCGUCGGUGACUCUACAUUGAAGACAGAGGUUGGCUAGCUCAUUUCAGAUUGCUUGAAUCUAGUUUGUGUCUGUGGUGUAACCUAGGUUGAUGUUUUGUAAAGAUCAUUUUGAUGUGCUGUGAGGCUGAUUUAAUGAGCACGGUUGGCUUGCGUCCA